AUGUCACCUUCUACAGAAGGAUCAGCUAUUUCAGGGCUGAAGUUGAUCAUUUCUACCGAUUUUAAAACCUACGAACGCUAUGUCCUGGCCGGAGUUUUAAGCACCCUUGCGCUUACAGGAGGGUACCCGUCAGUCAACCUCCCUUUCUGCGAUUCCUUCUCCUCCCUCUGUCCCUUCGCUUCCGCUAUUAAUUACUCCAUAUCCUCCUUUACUCUCUCCUCCACCACAACCUCCACAAUAGCCUACAACCCUCUCCGUCCCCUCCUUUCCUCUCCAAUUCCAGCCACUACUCCACAACAAGCGAAAGCUAUCGCUCCCCCGUUCUCAAAGGUAACCCUGUAA